AUGACAUUCGAAGGAGAAUCACGCCGCCAGUCGCGGAUAUCGGCCAGCAAUGCUGAAGCAGGUGUUAAUGACACUAAGGCCGACCGCACCCUAGAGGAUCUUGGAUAUACCCCGGAAUUGGAGCGCAAUCGAUCCAUUUGGUCGGUCACAUUCAUGUGCUUUAUUCUGUCGUCGGUCCCCUAUGGAUUAUGUACUACCUUGUACUAUCCUUUGGUAGCCGGUGGUCCUGCGAAUAUCAUCUGGGGUUGGGUAUUGGUGUCAUUCUUGAUUCUCUGUGUGGCGAUUUCGCUGGCCGAAAUCACCUCUGUCUACCCAACCGCCGGGGGUGUCUAUUACCAAACCUUCGUCCUAUCCCCGCUGUGGUGCCGUCGCGUUGCAGCCUGGAUCUGUGGUUGGUCCUACGUCGCUGGAAAUAUCACCAUCACCCUCGCCGUCAACUUCGGAGUCACCUUGUUAUUCAUCGCCUGUCUCAAUGUCUUUGAGAAAGCCCCCGGCGUGGGCCUGACCGAUGAUUUCCAAGCCUAUCAGACUUUCCUCAUCUUCUUGGGUCUUACUCUGUUGACCCACGCGAUUUCAGCUUUUGGAAACAAAUGGCUUCCAAUUCUCGAGACAUUCGCCAUUUUCUUGACCAUUGCGGGUUCGCUUGCGAUUGUUAUCGCCCUUUUGGUUGUUGCGAAGGAAGGUCGCCGUUCCGGUGCCUGGGUCUUUGGAAGUUUCGAUCCACAAGCUGGUUGGCCCGCGGGAUGGUCUUUCUUUAUUGGUCUGCUGCAGGCUGCCUACGCCACCUCCGCCACCGGCAUGAUUGGCUCUCUCUGUGAGGAAGUUCACCAGCCCGCUAUCAUGGUUCCCAAGGCCAUGGUGGGUACCGUGGUAAUCAACACCUUUGCCGGUCUCCUCUUCCUGAUCCCUGUUUGCUUCGUCAUGCCCGAUAUCACCAUGCUGGUUGACCUCGCUUCAGGACAGCCUACCCCCGUCAUUUUCCAGAAGGCUUUGGGCAGUAACGUGGGCGCAUUCUUAUUGAUGGUCCCUCUCCUGAUCUUGGGAGUCAUCUGCGGCGUUGGCUGUGUCACCGCCACGUCCCGCUGUACCUGGGCCUUUGCUCGUGACGGUGGUAUCCCUGGUUCGGGCUGGUGGCGCGUGGUCGACAAGAGGCUCGAUAUUCCUUUCAACGCGAUGAUGCUGGGCAUGGUGGUUGAAAUCAUUCUGGGCGUCAUCUACUUCGGUUCCACCGCUGCCUACAACGCCUUUUCGGGCGUUGGCGUCAUCUUUUUGACGAUGAGUUAUGCCUGCCCCAUCCUCGUGUCUCUGGUCUUCCGCCGUCGGGAAGAUAUCAAGAAUGCCAGUUUCAAUCUUGGCAUCUUUGGCGCCAUCGCCAAUGUCAUUGCGCUUGCCUGGAGUGCCCUUGCUAUCCCCCUGUUCUGUAUGCCGACCCUGGAGAAGGUCACCCUGACCAGCAUGAACUAUGCCUCCGUCGUGUUUGUCGGAGUUGUGGUUAUGGCAGCUAUUUGGUACGGUGUCUGGGGCUACAAGAACUACCGUGGCCCCCCCACCGAUACUCUAGAGAACGACAGCGACUCCAUGCCCGAAGCGAUCGCCGAAAUUGAGAAAACAAAAAGCCGAUGA